ACCAAACAGACACACAUGUCAGACACAUCAAACACAACUCAACACAACACAGCACAAAACCUCAGCAAGAGAAGCAGAGAGAAGAGAGAGAAAGAUAAAGUCACUGUUCACUUUCCCCAUUCUCUUCGUCUUGGUUCUUUGGAUUCAGAGUUUCGUUCCAUGAAUUCCAACAAGCGAGAGGAAGAAGACGACCUCUUCCUCCCACAUCCUUCGGAUCUGUCUCCACCGCCGCCGCCACUCACGGACCCUUCGUCGUCGUCGUUCUCACUCCUCUUCCCCUCCUCGCCCUCCUCCUCCCACUCCUCCCCUUCUCCGCCCUCCAAACCCCUCUUCAUCUCCCCCGACCCUCACAUCUCCUCUCAGUUCUACACCUUCACCCCAUCCUCCCACGCCCUCAUGCUCCGCUCUCUCCUCCUCCGCCGCCUCCCCUCCCCCUCCGACAUCCGCGCCGCCACCCCGCGCAACGUCCUCGCCUCCUGGCGCACCGUCUGGAAGGACCGGAACGAGGACACGGCCUACCUCACGGCCUGGAAACGCAUCCAGGACAAGCUCACCACCCACCACGACCCCUCCACCAACUCCCACUUCCUCUGCUUCAAAAACAACCCUCACCAGUUCGUCCCCCACGUCGACCAAUGGCAGCAAAUCGUCAUGUCCCACCACGCCGACACCGACCUCAACCACCUCAACCUCAAGGACACCCUCGAACGCAUCAAGCACCACUGGACCGUCGGGGCCAAGUUCUACGGCAUCCCCGAGAGCUUCAUCCGCGUCUGCGUCGCCGCCUGCCCCGCCUGCUGCGCGGCGGAGGGCUCUGCCGAGCCCUCCGCCUCUCGCGGUAAGCGCCGUCGCUUCGAGUACACCGAGAGCUUCGACGUUCCCGCUAGGGAAGUGCCCUCACGGCUCCAGCAGCUUGCGGCUAAGCAUAAGGUCGUGCUUUGCAUAAGACAGAAGUAUAUUAGGUAUAAGCCUUUCAUGGCUGAGGUAAAGGACUAUGCUUGCCAUCGGGCUGGUGAACCUGCUGCUAAGAAAUCUAAGGUUUUGAAGAGGGAGCCUUACGCUUCCAAGAGGUGUGGAUGUGGGUUUAGGAUUAGGGCUAUUGUUCCUAUUGCCAAUUACAAUGAGAAGGAUAAGAGUUUUGUGUAUCAGGAAGAGGGGGUGGCGGUUUUUAAGCUUUAUGCUGUGCAUUCUGGACAUGAGCCUGGGCCUUUGGAUGGGAAUGCCAGGAUUAUGCAUAGGGUUGUUGGGCAUAAGGGUGGUGGGUAUUUGAUGGAUCAGGAGAAUGUGUAUGGGGUGAGUGAGGAAAUGGAUGGGGGGGGGUUUGGGUUGUUGGGGAAGGAGGAUGGUGGGGAUUUGCAGUUUUCGGUGCUGCAACAGGUGCAGGAGUUGAGGAAUGAGGUGGGGAUGUUGGAGGGGAAGGUUGCAAAGAUGCCGAGGGACAUGUUGGGGUCGGUUUCCAGGGAAUUGUACGAGGUUUUGAAUAAGGUUAGGAGCAUAGGGGAGGUGGGGUUGAAGCCAGCCGAGUUGAUCACAGAUAAGGUUGAUGAUGUGUUGGUUGGGGAUAAUGAUCUUGCUAACUGGAGUAACCAUCAUGAGAGGAUUUAUGGUGAUGGCAAGGACACGGAGCUGAUUGAGGAUGAUGAGGACAGUUUUGGUCGGACACUGGGGGAGGUUGUUUCAUGGGGGGAUCAGAUGAGGACAGAGUGCAGGAGUGAGAAGGAUCUGAUGAGUGACAGUUGUAAGCCUGAGAAGUGGUUGAAGUGCAGUGACUUUGAUGAGAAGAGCAUUCUUGAUUGUGAGGAGGAUAGUAAACUAUCCAAGCCCAUCAGAAUGAUCAGACAUGAUGAGGGGAUAGUGUCGGAUGUAGUAGGUCUUGGCUGUAUUCAGGUUGAUAGUUUCUACCAGGACAAUUCUAAAUGGUAUGAUUCUCCUUGUGCUUUGGAUACUGGUGCUGAUUGUGGAGAUAGUGGAUUCCGUCAUGGAGAGAUUUUAUAGUGUCAUGAACAUUCAAGUUAAUCUACUCUAACUUAGAGAUCACAUUCUGUUGUCCUGGCUAAUGGCUAUUUACCCCUUCCAACAAAUAGAAGAAGAGGGAUUGUACAUUUAUGUAUACAGAAGAUUGGAGCCGCUCACAUCAUGCCUUUUAGGUGUAUUUAUUAUUUAUUAUUAUUGCUUGUGGUUCUGUAAAGUGUAACCAGUAUGCUUCUUGCACAUAACUUCGUUAUGAGUAUGACUAUAUCUGUUAACCUUGCUCAUGGACUUCGGCUUUUCCUUGUUUAAUCUUGGUCCUUAUAAUGCACAUCAGUGUUUUGAGUGAUCUGCUUUAGUAUUUAGAGAGAUAUUUGUAUGUACUAUGAGGAACUACUGGUGAUUUAUUUUCAUAUUGGACUAUUGUGUGUGCGUCAAAUUUUCUCUAUGACUUGUAUGCUUUGUACUCUCUGGCCAUUUGCUUUAUAUAUUUUCUCAUUUCUUAUAUGCAAAAGUUCAUUUAGCUUCUGGUUCAAUUUGAAGACUAUUGACUUUAUGCCAUAGGGGUGAGACAACCCAAUACAUCAUCUGUAGCUCAGCCUAGUUGUUUAUUUCUUCUUGGCACAUGCCGUGACAAUCUCCUUAGUAUUGAAUUGAAGAGUGAAGCUUUUUGGAUUGAAGAAUGAAGGUUUUUGGUGCCAUAACAAAUGCUUUCAGUUCCCAUUGGCUCUCUGAAGGCUACUGAUCUGGAGAAAUAUACCAGACAUGAACCACUGUAAGGAGUAAGGACCAAGAAGAUCAUUGUACCCUGAAAUUAGGUAUGCUUCCAUAUAUGGUUAGCAGGCUUGCUGUUUUCGGAUGAUAGCACACCUAGAAUCCAUUUCUUGUUUCUCAUUGUGUUUCAUUCAUUACUGUGCUUGACAUGGUCCAUUUUGAAGUCUUGAAUCUCUAUGAUGGUACACUCUCUUGCAUACUUGUAAUCUGUGUGAAAUUUGAUCAUGUUCUUCAUUUGUGGCUUCGUCAUUCAUUUUUCAAUUUUCUCAAUCUUUAUAAUAGUAAUUAUGUUCUAAUAUUUCAUUAGGUUUAGACGAGAAUCAAAGAAUUUUACUCUAAUCUGAUCUGACAAGAGUGUGCCUAGUUGGGGUUGGGAAUAUUCUUUAACUUUGAACUGUAGAACAUAACACCAUAUGCUGUCUAAAGUCAAGCAACACCAGACUUUUCAUAGCUUCAAGGUGUUAAUACAAUUUUUACAUAGACAGAGAACGGAAUUUGGAAUCUCAGAUAGCAUGGAAGUAUGUAUUGUUUUUAUACAUGUUUUUUAACAUUUAUGAAAUUCAAUCACAAUCUUCAUUAUUUGUAACAUAGUUAUGCUCAGAGGUUUCGUCACAUUGAGUCAAUAAUCAAAGAAUUUUGAUGUGAUAUCAGUUUUAUACUAACUUGUGCUCUGGAAUAUUCUACAACUAACAACUGCUGGAUCAUAAUGGCUGCGUUUCUAAUGUCUAGCAACAAUAGACUUCAUAGUUUUGAGGUGUUAAUAUAAGUUUGUUAUUUUACAAUGACAAAAAAAAAAAGAUUUGGAAUUUUAGAUCAGUAUAGAAAAAUAUAUACCCAAUGGGAUAAUGCUUUGUUGUUGUGUGUAAGAAUAUAUUGUUUUCAUUUAUUUUAUUGAGAAUUAUGCAAGAGACUGUAUAUGGGUUGAUGCAUGUGCUGUGAACCAUGUAAUAUAUUUGAACAUCUCAAAAGAUGUAAAAAGCUUCAGUUCCACCCUUUGAAAGCUGGGAAACAUGCAGAUACUGACAUGCUUUGAUUUGGCAAAUUCACCCAUCCUUCUUUGUCAUGAAGGUCCGUGACUUUGACAUGAAUGUAGGAACAUUAGACCUGGGACCAAAACUGGUUUUUUUCUCUUUGCUUUGUUUUAUUGGGAUUGUGAAAUCGUUCAUCUCUGACCCUUGGCUAUUCUGUUGUUUUUCUGUCACUGUUCAGAGCUUUCUUGUCUUUUGUUCUUAUGUGUAUGUUUAUUACUGAAAAUUGUAAAGGCGUGAAGAUGUGAGAAGCAGGCUCAUCUUUGACAGAGUCCCUUUUAAGAAGUUUUUCUAAAAGUAAUUUCUCAUUAAUAAUAUUUCCAUCAGAUCUGCAUUUUCAAAGGCUUACAAAGAUAUUCAUAAUUAAUAGGAUCAUACUUAACAACUAUCCCAAUUGAUAAAAUAAAGAAAUGAAGAGAUCCUUGAUUAGUGGGAUGAUGUGUAGUAAUUAUCCUAAUUAAUAUAAUCAGGUCACAAUUGUCCUAAUAAAAAAUAGUAAUAGAUCUGAAAUUAGGGAUUCUUAUGUGCAUGUCUUAUGCAGAUGGGAAAAUAUAAAGAACCCAAUUAACUAAAGUUCAAGAUAAAAGAGAUAUGAUAAUCCUUAUUAGUGAUCCACAUCACUUAGUCUUGUGCAGAGGAUCAAAUGUGACAUUGGUUAUUCUUAUGUUAACAUGUGUAUGUGUUACAAUGGUUCGAAUGCAAAUAAUGAUUGAUACACUAUUUUAGAUGAUACACUUCUGUUGAAAAAUAAUACACAUGGUACAUAGAAAGGAUUCUUCUAGUCAUUUUGACAUAGGUUAUCUCUUUCGUAGUGAUUGACGUAUUCUGAAAAAAAAAAAAAAACUGAGUUUCAACUGUUAAAUCAUGGUGAUGUUUUGGCAUUGUUAUUUGGAGAUUUCAUCAAGCUGAAUUUUCUUUUUCUCUUCUCGUUUACUUGGACGUAGUGCACUAAUUCUUUCCAAGUUUGUGAUGCAUUGAGUUUAAUAAACAGCGGACAUGAUCAGAAAGUUGCAUGAAACUUUUGAGUACUGUUGCUUCAGUAUCAUUUCAUGGAACAGUUCAGCAGAAUGGGUGGAGUGGAGUAUUUGAGGUUCACUUGUCACGUGGGUUGUUCUUUGAAUAUACUAUUCAUUCUUGUUUUGUUUAUUGUUAUUUGUUUGGUCUGUGGUUGAUGUCUCUCCUUAUCAGUGCAACAGACCCUGAGUAAUUUCCAAUAGGGUGGAUUCUUAUCAGUGCAAGUUUUAAUUUUUACUAUUUGUAAUCAUGUCGUUGAUGGAAAUGUUCUUACAGAAUCAGCUUUGUUGAUUCUUGUGAACGUAGUA